CGCGGACCCUCCUCCGAAGGGAGUCGGUUUCCUGCCGCUGCCGCCGCCCGCACUCCGCGCUGGCUCCCGGGGAGCGGCCGCAGGCGGACAUGGGCCCCCGCGCCGCCCCGCUCCUGCCGCUGCUCCUGGCGCUGCUCGGCCGCCCGGACCCCGGGAGAGCCGAGGGCUGUGACCUGCAGCCGGUGACGGGGGAGUCGCCCAUCGCCCUCUCCUACACUACCAGCACGGUGCCGCGGGGCUGUGUCAGCAGCGGCUCCCUGGGCACCGACCAUGAAGUCCACGUCCUCAGCGUCAAGUGGUCCAAGGCCCCUACUGUCCUGCUGACAGUGUCCAUCACACCAGGAGCCGAUGCCUGCAGCCGGUCACCGGUGCUCGUCCUCCUCUGCGCCCACUGCUUUGCCAACAUCACCUCCCGGUGCCCACACCUGCUCAUCCACACCGAUGCCCACCUCAUCUCAGGGACCACUGCAGAGCCACCCAAGGCCUCUAGUGAGGAGGAGCUGCUGAACUGGGCUCAGUCUACCUACGGGGGCAUCACAUCCUACAGUGAGCUGCGGGAUCCCCGCUGGGUGCAGCUCCGCCUGGGAGAAGACGCCAGCAGCCCCUCAAACUGCAUCCCCCAGAACCACUUCAAUGCCAUGCUGCACCUUGAGACUGAGGUCUUCUUCCACGGGGUGAAGAGCUGCUCACACGGGGACACCCAGAGCACCAGGGCUGCUCACAUCAUCCAUCUGCAGCCAGAGCCCAGCUCCCUGAUCACAGAAGUGAACCUGUCCCUCAGCUGUCCCGAGAAUCACGUCAGCAACCAGAUCCUCAUCCUGCAGAGCAGGGCCAACUUGACCUGGUCUCUCUCCUUCAAGAAGUGCAACAUCCAGGUCAUGGCCUCUGGGAACUACAAGAUCAUGACCAUCUUUCCGACGCUGUUGCCUGGGGAGCUCCUGCCUGACACGGAGCAGGACCUCAUUGCUAAAGCCUUCGAGAAGAACUACAGCACCAUCGCCUCCUACUCCGCCAUCCCCGCCACCACCCGCAUCAGCAUGGAGAUCCAGGAGAACAAGGCGGCCAAGAAGGUGACUGAGAUGAUCACCCCCAUGACCCGCCUGACCCCCACUCCUGAAUUGCAGCCCCACCAGCUGCUGCUCCUGCUCAAGCCCUGGACGUGCACAGAUGAAACCAUGGAGAUCACCAUCAUCAAGUCCCACCUGAAGGUCAUCAAGGACUUGGACAUUAAGGACAUCACACUGAGGGACAUCAACUGCCAGGCAGAGAAAAAUGCCACCCACUUCAUGUUGAAAAGCCCCCUCAGCCACUGUGGCACCUUGCUGGGGGGCAGGGGCUAUGCCAACAAUGAGCUCCUCAUCAAGCUGUCCAAGGGCACAGAACUCCAGGACAUACGGGUGGCCUUCCAGUGCGAGAUCCCGCGGGAGCUCUUCCUGCGCCUCUUCCCCACCGCUGCCUUCGAGGUGCCACAGACAGAGCUGGAGGUCAACAAGGAGGCUUUCCUGCAGGCAUCCAUGAUGUGGGACGACCACCCGGCCGACCUGCAGCUGAAGGACUGCUGGCUGGUGGCACCGGGGCGGGAGCCGGUGCUGCUGGUGCAGGGUGGGGAAGCACAUGACGUGGGGGUGGCCGUGCUGGAGGGCCCCCCCAGCAGCCACGGGAGGAAGAUCUGGCGCUUCCGCUUCACCUAUGCUGUUCCCGAGGGCGGACGCAUCCCCUUCUCCGCCACCCUCAAAUGCAAGGCUGGCUUGCAGAACAACACCAACUUCGAGAAGGUCCUGGAGGUGACAGUGAAGGAUACCUGGCGGCCACCCAACAGCCGUGGGCUGGGACUGGCUGCUGUCCUGGGCAUCACCUUUGGUGCCUUCCUCAUCGGGGCGCUCCUCACCGCUGGGCUCUGGUGCAUCUACUCGCGCACCCGUCCCAUCUCCAAACUGCAGCCGGUUUCCAGCACGGCGCCAGCCUCGGAGAGCAGCAGCACCAACCACAGCAUCGGCAGCACCCAGAGCACCCCCUGCUCCACCAGCAGCAUGGCCUGACGCCCCCGGGCCCCCCCAAGCCUGCACAGCCCCUGGCCAACGGACUUCGGGACCCACCCCGGUGCCAUUAAGCUGAUUUUUUGCCCCAAAUCUCAGGCCGAGCCCAGAGGGGGCCUCCGUUACUCAUUCAGUGAAUGCUUUGGCCCCCCGAGGGCAGCCCACGCCGGGGGGGGUGCACCCUGCAACCCCCCUGGGGUCCCCCGCUGCAGGGGGGAGGCAGAAAGAGCAGCUACUGCCAAAGCCUCCCCCAAGGCUCCCCAUCAAAUGGGGGGGGAAGAAGUGGGUGCCCCCAGGACAUGCCCCAGCACUUGGGGUGACCCCUGUGCCCCUCCUGCAUCCCCCCAAGAAGGCAACAGGCACCACUGGGAGCAGCAAGAGGUUUAUUCAGAUGGGGGUGUGCAAGGCUGCUGCCCUCCCACAGGGCGAUGGGCAGAACCCACCACACCCCCCCCAGCUCCCCAUACAAGUUACAAACUGUUAUUAAUAAUAAUAAAAAUCUCCCCUAUGUUAAA